AGGUCGAUCGGCGAGCCAGCUUCAGGCGGUCGCGCGAGGCCGGCAGGGGCGGGCCAAGGCGGGUGUUGCUGCCGCCGCGAAGGCGGAGGCGGCGGCGGAGGCGGCGAGGGUGGCAGCGGAGGCCGCGGCCGCGGCCGAGGCGGCGAGGGUGGCAGCGGAGGAGGAGGAGGCGGCCGAGGCGGCGAGGGUGGCAGCGGACGAGGCGGCCGCGGCCGAGGCGGCGAGGGUGGCAGCGGAGGAGGAGGCGGCGGCGGAGGCGGCGAGGGUGGCAGCGGAGGAGGCGGCGGCGGCCGAGGCGGCGAGGGUGGCAGCGGAGGAGGAGGCGGCGGCGGAGGCGGCGAGGGUGGCAGCGGAGGAGGCGGCGGCGGCCGAGGCGGCGAGGGUGGCAGCGGAGGAGGAGGCGGCGGCGGAGGCGGCGAGGGUGGCAGCGGAGGAGGAGGCGGCGGCCGAGGCGGCGAGGGUGGCAGCGGAGGAGGAGGCGGCGGCCGAGGCGGCGAGGGUGGCAGCGGAGGAGGAGGCGGCGGCCGAGGCGGCGAGGAUCGAGGCCGAGAAGGCGGCGUCGGAGGAGGCGGAGCGGCAGGCGGCGGAAGCGGCGGCGGCCGAGGAGGCGGCGGCGGAGGCAGCGGCUGCCGAGGCUGCCCGCGCCGCUGCGGUGGCUGCCGAGGCGGCAAGGGCGGCCGUGGAGGCGGCGGCGGCGGCGGAGGCGGCGAGGUUGGCUGCGGAGGCCCGGCUGUCGGCGCAGAGAUCGCAGGACGGCGCUGCCGUGGCGAGUGGGAUCGUUCCGUCACAGGAGGAGGCGCAGGCGGCUGCUGAGGCGAAGAUCGCGGCCGACGCGGCGUGGGCAAAGUCGGCCAAGGUUGUCGCGGCGAGGAAGCAGCAGACGCAGCGCGAGAUGGAGGACGUCGCGCAGUCCGCGGGGGCGGGGCGUGCGGCCAUCAUGGCCAAGUUUGGCGGAGGCGUGAAGCGGCGCCCGUCGAAUCCCGCCGCCGCCACUGCCGCACCCGCUCCCGCCAAGGUGGCGGACGAGGAGGAGGAGUACUUUUGAUGCGGGCGGGAGCUUCGACGAGAUGCAAGGGCGCGCCGUCAUCAAGGGGGCGGCGCUGCGGCUGCGGCCGUCGUGGCGGCAACCAUGGAUGCCGAUGCGUUGCUCGCCUUCUUGAAUCAGCCGCUCAUCAUCGCUGCGCCGCGGUCGAGAUGUUCGCGACUUGUGCGAGGUCGUCCAUGGGUCGGUUCUAGUUGUGUGGCGCCUAAUGACAAAGACGAAUGUAAGGGU